AGAACAAAAAGGCCGCAAGAAAAGAAAUUGGAAAAAUCUACUCCGACUCCGACUGGUUUCCUUAUCAUCUUGUGGUCUUCUUUGCUUUUUUAUACUAUUCAGGAGUACGAUACCCUGAAAAUUUAUUUCUUUAAUUCUUCGACAACAAACAACGUCUUGUCACUCAUUCAAGCCUCAGAGGCCUCCACAGUCUCCGGCCUAGAGCCACCCCCAAAGCCAACGCCGCCAGUCCCUUCUCAGCCCCCCUCUUGCCACCCAUGUAACUAUUAUCCCUACCAUGGAAGAGACAAUUCUAUUAGUGCCUCAGGAUCCUUUUUAUGAUGGUAAAGUUCAAGUGCAACAAGCUCAGCUCAAGGCCUCCUUGACCUCAACAGAAGAGAUCAUCAUCGACUUUUUACCUGAAAUUCAAAUAUAAACAUCCACUCUUUACUCAUGAGUGUAUUAAACCUUAUCAUUUGAUAGUAAAAAGAAAAAAAAAAACUUGUUCCUUCUUCACUCUUUAGGGUUUUUAACUUUUCCAACUCUUUUUUGAGUUCUUGAUUCAGGGUUCAGGGGGUUUUCUCUAUAUUUGUAGCUUAUUUUCAGCUUCAAACUUUGCUGCGAGAAAAUGGAAGAAUAUAAUCAUCAUCUGGGAGAAAACACUGGUCCAAGGGGAAGUUUCUUGUAUGGAGGCCCAGUCCUAGCAGCACCAAGCUCAUCAGUGUAUGCAAGAGCCAGCAGCGGCUCUAACAAUCAGUUACCAAUCAGUAGCUUUCAUCUUCAAUCAAGUGCUGAAUGUUAUCAGCAAUCCGAAGGCCAAGACCAUCCCAUCGUAAAAACAGAAGCUGGAGCCUCUUCUCAUCACCAACACGGACAACACAAGUUUCAAUAUCCUUCCAUAAUCAGGAGCCAUCAAACUGUCCAAGAUCAUCAUCAUCAACCACACCAUCAAGAGAGCGAAAUUUCUGGUGAAGUAGAAGCUAUAAAAGCAAAGAUUAUUGCUCAUCCUCAGUAUUCUAACCUCUUGGAAGCUUACAUGGAUUGUCAAAAGGUGGGAGCUCCGCCCGAGGUGGUUGCACGGCUCACGGCAGCCAGGCAGGAGUUUGAAGCAAGGCAACGCGCUUCCUUGGUGACCGGUAGAGAUGUUAAUAAGGAUCCAGAACUAGACCAAUUCAUGGAAGCUUACUAUGACAUGUUGGUGAAGUAUCGAGAGGAGCUAACUCGACCGUUACAAGAAGCUAUGGAGUUCAUGCGAAGAGUCGAAACACAGCUAAAUAUGCUUGGAAAUGGUCCCGUCCGGAUCUUCAACUCUGAUGAGAAAUGUGAGGGUGUUGGAUCAUCUGAAGAGGACCAAGACAAUAGUGGUGGAGAAACAGAACUGCCUGAGAUUGAUCCACGUGCAGAAGACCGGGAACUAAAGAACCACUUGUUGAGGAAGUAUAGUGGCUACUUAAGCAGUCUCAAGCAAGAGCUUUCCAAGAAAAAAAAGAAAGGGAAACUUCCUAAAGAUGCUCGGCAAAAGCUUCUUAGUUGGUGGGAGUUGCACUAUAAAUGGCCAUAUCCUUCGGAGACAGAGAAGGUGGCCUUGGCUGAAUCGACUGGAUUGGACCAAAAACAGAUUAAUAACUGGUUCAUUAACCAAAGGAAAAGACAUUGGAAGCCUUCUGAAGAUAUGCAAUUUAUGGUUAUGGAUGGCCUCCAUGCACAGAAUACAGCACUCUAUAUGGAAGGCCACUACAUGGGCGAAGGCCCUUACAGAUUGGGGCCGUGAUGCAUGUGCAGAAUAUGUUUCCAAGGUUGCAGAAAUUGAGGUUGGUUAAGCUCUCAGUAUAGAAUGCAAGUUCUUAGUUACACUGUCUGAUUCCUCGUUACAAGAUUCAGUAAAGCCCUCUUGACAGCCAGAGCUCUUUUUAUUAGUACGAAAGAGGUAAUUUGUGUGUGUGUUUUUUCAAAUCAACCAACAUUUGGUAGUUUCGUUAAGGUCAUAUCUAGGUGCAUUUAGAAUGUGCCCAUUCUGCCUGAUCUUUAGAGGGUCUGGAAUGCAUUAUCUAUGCGCUUGAUGCGUCUGCAUCCAGGAAAUUGCUUAUGGUGGCUAGCCUCCACUGUUGUAAUAUAUAGGUCUCUGCAAGCUAUCAUCUAGUUGUCAAGUGUAUAUGGUUAAGAGUGAUUAUGACUUGUAAACAUGGAUUUUGGUCCUUUGUUUUGUAUUCCUCCAUCGCUAUUGGCUGUUAUUGUUGUUUGCUCGUUGUCUGGAGGAGGGUUUUUGAAGUUCUUGGCAAUAAGUACUAGUACGAAAUUAGCUACGCACAGUUUCAACGUGUGGCUGGAAUAUUUGAAUAGCAUCUCAAGGCAUUGUGUCGAUU